AUGACACGGAGAGAAGCUGCUCUCAUACUAGAGAUGCCCGAACGCGGCAUUACCAAAGAACUAUUACGAAAGAAGCACCGAUCGCUUAUGCUUCUCAACCAUCCCGAUCGCGGCGGUAGCCCCUACCUUGCCACCAAGGUCAACGAAGCGAAGGAACUACUCGAGAAGGAGGUGUACCUCUUCACAUUUCAUUACAGUCGUGAAGAGGCGCGCGAUGAAUACGGCAACGACGCUGACGAGGGACAUGACGACUUCAUCGAGAAACUCAAAGACAGGGAGCAAACGGUGCGGAACAGGAUCGCGUACGUUAAGGAGGAAUACACAUACGAUCACGAGCAAGAAUCGAAGUCCGAGCCAGAAGCGGGAUCUGGGAAUGAGCAAGAACGAGAGCCUGCGGUGGAGGUAUCGUCGGAUAUGGAACUUGAUUCGGAUAGUGAUUAG